CAAAUGUGGGCGUGCGUGACGCUCUGACGAUUUCAGCGUGCGCGUUCGCGUUUCUAGCGCGCCAUUCACUGAAACCUCACUGACUAGUCCAGACUUGUGCUGGGGUAUUUAUACUGAGGUAGUUGCAAUGGCAGACUGGAACGCGUUCUACAAAAAUGAAGAUGAUGAUGAAGAGCUUGAGGAUGGAGAACAGAGUGGAGGUGACUACAGGAUCUCGGGCAGAGACAGUUUGGUGUUUCUUGUCGAUGUUUCAAAAGAAAUGUUUAUCAAGGGAGAGGAUGGAGAGCCUUCCAACUUUGACAUGACUAUGCAGGUGGUGCGCACUGUCUACACCAGUAAGAUCAUCAGCAGUUACAGAGAUCUGGUAGCUCUGGUUUUCUACGGCACGGAGCAGAGCAAAAACCCAAGAAACUCAUUUAAACAUGUUUAUGUGUACCACGACCUGGAUGAACCUGGUGCAAAGCGGGUGCAGGAGGUUGAUGCCCUGCGAGGACCUAAAGGUGCCCAGCUGGCAGCAGAGACCAUGGGCAGUGGGGAGACCUCUUUGGGGGACGCCCUUUGGUGCUGUGCCAAUCUGUACAGUGACAUCAAACUGCGCCUGUCACACAAGCGCCUCAUGCUCUUCACCUGCCGAGACGACCCACAUGGAGGAGACAGUGCCAAGGACCGGCAAGCGCGAACCAAAGCCGGGGACCUCAAAGAGACUGGUGUUGUAAUUGAUUUAAUGCACUUAAUGAAACCAGGAGGCUUUGAUGUGUCACUGUUCUUCCGUGACAUCAUAAGUCCACCGGAGGAUGAAAGCGAGCUGGGGCUGCAGCACAGCCCCUGUGAGAAACUGGAGGACCUCCAGAAGAGAGUGAGGGCCAAGGAGCAGAAAAAGCGUGCCAUGGCCCGGUUAAGCCUGUGUCUUAGUGAUGAUGUGAAAAUAGCUGUGGGUAUUUUUGCCACUGCUGUCCAAGCACGAAAACCAGGGGCCAUCAAACUGUACAGAGAGACCAAUGAGCCAGUCCGCAGUAAAAGUCGCAUCUUCCACUCUCAGACAGGGAGUCUGCUGCUUCCCAGUGAAAUCAAGAAGGCCCAGGUGUAUGGUAGAAAGCAGAUAGUACUUGAGAAAGAUGAAGUAGACUCUCUAAAGAAGUUUGGUGAUCCUGGAUUAUAUCUCAUUGGUUUCAAACCAAUGGAAAACCUCAAACUGCACCAUCACAUCCGACCAUCUGUCUUCAUUUACCCAGAGGAGGAUGAAGUCAAAGGCAGCUCGUGUUUGUUCUCUGCCCUGUUAAAGAAGUGCAGUGAGAAAAAUGUAUUCGCUUUGUGCCGCUGCAUCGCUCGCCGAAACUACCCCCCUCGCUUUGUGGCUUUGGUGCCUCAAGAAGAGGUGCUGGACGAGGGCAAUGUCCAGGUUACUCCACCAGGUUUUAACGUCAUCUAUCUGCCAUAUGCCGAUGACAUGCGGACUCUGGACAUCCCUCACUGCCCACACGCUUCACAAACACAGGUGGAUAAGAUGAAGGAGAUCGUUACAAAACUCCGUUUUAAAUACAGGAGUGAUGCAUUUGAGAACCCUGUCAUCCAGCAGCAUUAUAGAAAUUUGGAAGCUCUGGCUUUGGACAUGACCGCCCCAGAGGAAACUGAAGAUCUCAUUAUGCCAAAAGUGGAACAAAUAGAUGCACGCCUCGGUAUUCUUGCUGACGAAUUUAGAGAGAUGGUUUACCCUGAAAACUACAAUCCAAAUGGAAAGCCAACUGCUAAACGCAAAACAGAUGCGAAUAGUGGUGGAGCUGAGAAGAAGCCCAAAAUUGAGGUGCCGGAGGAUGAACUAAGAAGCCACUUGAAGAAUGGCACUCUGGGAAAGCUGACCGUGCCUGUGCUAAAGGAGGCCUGCAAGCAGUUUGGGAUCCGAACUACAGGCACAAAGAAGCAGGAGCUAAUAGAUGCUUUGCUAGCCAAGUUGGGUCCAUAAUGAACUGAACAAAACCAUGUCACUAACUACUGUAUAUGCCUUAAAGGGCGACAAUGUAACUUUUCCAGGUGCUUGUCACCAUGGAGAUGUCACUGUUUUGCCUGGAAUGUUCUACAAGGCCAAAUUACGGGUCAGAUCUGUUUAGAGGUGACCACGCACUCAGUAAGAAAAGUAAGACAGUGUGGUUUUCAAGGUGUUUUGAAGACAAAAUAAACACCCAUAAUUGAAAAAAUGCUAGAUCUUUUUAAUUGCAUAUUGUGAAACUUUCCUGGCAAAGCAAAGCAACCUCCCCAACCUCUGAAAAGUUACAUCUUUAAUCUGUAAUGAUUAUGAGAUUAUGUUAGAAGUGUCCUAAUUGUACAACAUGUAUCAAAAUGCAGCAAAUAAAUAAAACCAGCCAUUUUGUAUAAUCUA